AGCAGUCACAUGCAGAGAGGAGCUGGGACGAGAGACAGAACAGAAGAGAGCUGUCAAGCUGUGAGGAGGCAGAGGAGAGACGACUUAGUUUUUUCUUGGAAUACAUUUCCCCCUCCAUCUCUGAAGCCCACACACACACACCCUCAAAAAAUAUAAACUGGCAAACUUGUGUGUGUGAGUGCUGCUGUUACCUUCUUAGAAGGAGUGGUGAAUUAUUUGAAGGAUCUGGACUUACUCAAGCCUGACACACUUGGACUGUGAGAGUGUUUGGAUUCAGCAUCUUUGUGACUUGGACUCUAGUUAGAUUCAAAUUGUGUUUUUAAGAGUGCAACACUUUGGACUGAGUGUGUAUUUAUGUGAAUAUCUGUAUAGGUGCAACUUUUGAUUCACCACUGCCCCGAAUGCAACACUGAGAUUUUGACUGGAACUGCCUGUGCACUUGUUAGUAGCCUGAAUUUGUAAGAUUGGACUCACACUCGGACUGUUUGUUUGUGCGUGUGAGGAGAAAGGAUGUGUUGGCCAGUGGCGGCGGUUCUGCUCGCCCACCUCGGGUCCACCUUAACGGAGGCAUGGAGAGCAUCUCAGCCAAGACUGCAGUUCACACACUCCGAGCUGAUCCAGAACGGCCGCCUGCUGAUGCUGCCCCUAGUGGCCGGAGACCUGCACUCCCUGCUGCCCGACGAAGAUGGGAGGCGUCUGUACGUGGCCAUGAAAGAUAACCUGCUGUCUACUGGUCUGGACGACAUCACACAGAACCCACGCAAGCUGUACUGGCCAGCCAGUCCGGACCGCGUCCAGGAAUGUCUCAUGGCUGGGAAGGAUCCAGAGUUGGAGUGUGCCAACUUCCUGCGAGUUCUGCAGCCUUUUAAUCAGACUCAUCUGUACGUAUGUGGCACCGGGGCCUUCAACCCUCGCUGUGCUCUCGUCGCUACCAACGUCUUCCAGCGGUCAGAGCACCAGACUCUCUCCUACAGCCAGACAGAGUGUGGGAAGGGCAAAUGCCCGUACGAUCCGUUCCAGAAAACAGCCUCUGCAGUUGUUGAUGGAGAACUGUAUGCUGGGAUCACCUCAGACUUCAUGAGCAGGGACUCUGCCUUCUUCCGUAGUCUGGGCAGCCGCCAUGUCAUCCGCACUGAGCAGUACGACUCCACCUGGCUGCAGAAUGCCCAGUUUGUACGGGUAGCGCCACUGUCUGAAACUGAUAACCCAGAAGAUGAUAAGGUCUACGUGUUCUUCACUGAGCGUGCUCAGGAGGCAGAAGGGGCUGCUGGGAAAGUGCUCUACUCCAGGGUGGCGCGUGUGUGCAAGAAUGACAUUGGAGGCCAGAGGAGUUUAGUUAAUAAGUGGAGUACCUUCCAAAAGGCUCGUAUGGUGUGCUCGGUCCCAGGACCAGACGGCCUGCAGACGCACUUUGACCAGCUGCAGGACAUCUUUAUCCUCCAGGGGAAAGACAAGAAGAACCCUCUCAUCUACGGCCUGUUCACCACGUCGAGUGAUAUUCUGAACGGUUCGGCUGUGUGCGUUUACCGGAUGGAGGAUGUCGUUCGGGCUUUUAAGGGAAAUUUCUUACACAAGGAAGGGCCCCAGUAUAAGUGGGCAGAGUUUACAGGCAAGGUGCCCUACCCACGACCAGGAACUUGUCCAAGCAGCACAUAUGGAAGCUACAGUUCGACCAGAGAGUAUCCGGACGACGUCAUCUUCUUCAGCAGGACACACCCGCUGCUGCAGGAAAAUGUGCUACCACUGGGAGAGCGCCCACUCCUGGUCAGAGUGGGUGUCCACUACAAGUUCAGCAAAUUGCUGGUGGACAGAGUGGAGGCGGUGGACGGCACCUAUGACGUUCUGUUCAUCGGCACAGACUCUGGUCUGGUGCUGAAAGCCAUCCAUCUGCCCAGAGAACACGGUCAGAGUCAUGAGGUCACUCUGGAGCAGCUCCAGGUCUUUCAGCACAAAUCACCUGUAACAGCCAUGACACUCUCAAAGAAAAAGCAGUGGUUGUUUGUGGGCUCCAGGGAGGGUGUGUCCCAGCUCGCCCUGUACCAGUGUGAGUUGUACGGUCAGGCGUGCGCCGAGUGCUGCCUGGCCAGAGAUCCCUACUGCACCUGGGACGGACACGCCUGCAGCCCCUACAUGCCCACUGUGCGCAGGAGGAAUGCUCGUCAUUUAGGGGAGGAAGAGGAUCCACUCACUCAGUGUGUCAGACAAGGAGCCGUGCUGCAGGUGGAGGCGGAGCAGAGGGUGAUGAUGGUUGCUGAGGGUAACAGCACCUACCUGGAGUGUCUCCCUCGAUCCAGACAUGCUGCUGUUACCUGGUACAAACAGGCUGGAGAGAACAGUCCUGAACUAAACCAGGUGGUAACAGGUGACCAGCUGGUGGUUAUCGAGCGGGGUGUUCUGAUUCGUCGAGCCGAGCUGUCUCACGGCGGUGUCUACCACUGCCAGGUGGAGGAGCAUGGCUACCACUGGACCGCCGUCACUGUUCGUCUCGCCGUCUGGAGCUCCUCUGCCAACCACCUCUUCGCUUCCUGGUCCAGCUCAUCCUAUCAGAGCAGGGGACCCAAGCCCUGGUACGAGGAGGUGAUGGCGCUGAUUCACCCGGGAAAUCUCGGCCAGCACUGCAAGGCCCUGGGAUACCGCCCCCCGCGCAACCACCGUCGUCAUGGUGACAUGAUGGUGGAGCCAAACAAGGAGAAAGAAAGAGGAGAAAGGCACAAGCACGGGGGAGGACGCGGAGGAGGAGGAGGAGCAGGGGGAGGAAGAGCAGCAGGGAGGAAGAGCAGGAGCAAGCCUCAGCAGAGGGCGCCAAGAAGCGCCUGAAUGUUUCGCGGAGCAGGAGGGAGGAUUUCCAGUGACGCGCACACAUUUAUGUUACAUAUACAUGAAUACACACACAUACAUAGACACAUGUACACAUGUACACACGCACACACACACUUAACUUAAUACACUUAGACACACACAUACUGUAUGUACAGAGACUACGUCACGAGCAUGCACUUACCUACAAAUAAAAAUGGCAUCUUUUCAUUACUUUUCAUAACUUUCAAACUAAGCUACACAAAGAACUGAAGUAUGUACAGGAGGAUGUGAACAGCAAAGACUGUUUGACCUGGACAAAGACUUUGUUAAUACAGAAGAAAAGUAGAUUACACAUAGAGGUUGCGAAGCAUGCUGAAUGAAGGAUGAGCAGCAUGUCCAGAUCACUCAGUUUGACUGACUCGGUCUCGUGGCAAGGACGUGUAAAAGGAAUGCUUUGAAUUUACAUUCUCUACAGAAAAAUACAUAAAAUAGGAGUCUUAAUCCAGAAGUUUUGCAUUUGAAAAAAAUAUCAUCCAACCCAUAUGAAAUGAUUGCUGUCUUAAAGGACCACCAGUUUUCUGAAUGUUUUUGCCCAUUAAUUACAAAUCACAUAAUGUCAAUUAUGCUCCAAAACACUGGUUUCCAUUGAUUUUCAUGUGCAGAAACUUGAAAAAUGCAUAAUUUUGGUUAAAGGUCAUUUAAUUGCAGUUGCAAGAAGCAUUUUUCCAACUUUCUGUUGUGUUGAGCUCAAAUUUCAAAUAUACUCCAUCCGUCAAUGGAGAACUGAGGCUACAUCCAUACUACUUUGUUAUCAGCUCUGCGACGGAUACGCCUGGUGUCCACACUUCUCAAGAGUUGGAGAGUCUGGCUCACUUUUAUUUUGAAAUUUUAAGCGCUGCCUUGUAAUCUGAAUGGGCAGAAACUGAGAUGUCUGAAAACAUUGACAUAGAUGCUUGCAACCGCUUGCUGACCGGGUCUUUUCGGUUAAACAUAUUUGCUAAUUUGUCAGGCUUCUAUCACAUGACCCCCUUCUGUAAGAAAACAACUGGCAUUAGCCUCGGCUACCAGCGUAGAACGCAACAUGGAUAAUCAAUUACAAGUGUUGUGGACCCUGUUGUCUUUACUAACAGCUAAUGUGCAGUUAAAUUCUGUAUUUUGCAAUGAUACAACUGCUGACAUGUGUAGGAGACGAGCUACUUUUCAAGCAAUCUAUGUUCACUGGCAUAUGUUCACAGAUGUAUGCCCAGUGUACAUAGAUUGUGGUCAUGUUAUAUGCGUUUUCAGGAGUAUUAGUAUGGACAAGCAUUAAAACUGAUUCAGAGUCAAAACACUUUGCGGACAGAGAUCGUUUUACUGUUUUUAAACAAAAAAGUAGUUGUAUGGAUGUAGCCUGAAAAUCGGCUGCUCACAAGCAGCAUUGUUGAGAUACAUUAUUGAAAUAUAUAUAAAAUCUCAGUUUGUUGUGGAAAACUAUCAGCAGUGAUUGAUAAUUAAAGGGCUAAAAUCUUCAGACUUAAAUUAUUAGCUAUAAAUGUAAUGUAAUGUAAACAGAGCAGCAACUUUGAAAAAGUGAUGAUUUAGAUUGUGAAUAGCACUGAAUUUGGAUAUGUAACAGUUUAACAUAAAGUCCCUUCAGCAAUUCACCUAAAACGAGAGCCUUUUUUGGUUUGUUGAGAUAGGCGGAGUCUGACCACAAGAUUACUGACCGCGACCAUAAAGAUGAAAGGCAGCGACUGCUUUGAUGAGGUUGCAGAUCUACUUUCCCAGGUCGUUAGUGUUGUGUGUUGCUGCCGUGCAAACGCACCACAGGAGAAGUUUCCAUUAUGUUCUCCUCUGUGUUUGGUUCAGUCCAUAGCUGCACUUAUUUUAUGCCACGCAGCAAAAAGCUGUUCAGCACAGGUGUGGUGAGCCAAAUAAAGGUGGAUGUGGUGUGUUUUAUAAUGUCAGAAAAAAUGCUCAGUCCUAUUUUGAGUAUUGGUUUGUUUCAUCAGUGUACAGAUGUAAGAAACAUGUUCAGGUUUAUUUUCUGUGCAACAAAAGUAACGUCUGCACAUCAUGUCCAGUCUACAGAGAAAUCUACACAUCUUAGUUUUUGCUACUUGAGUUUCUGAAACAAAAUUAUGUCGCUGCUAAUGUAUGAGGCACAAUCAGGCCUUUAUAGUAACUCAAUAAAAGUCAUAAUCAGACUGAGCUCUUUGAGACAUUUUUGGCAAACCACAAAGUACUGUUUUGAUUGGUAAUAUUCAAAAUAGCAGUUUAAGAUAAGAUAAGAGAUAAGACUUUAUUAAUCCGGAAGGAAAUUCUUGUGCCAGCUUGAUCCAAGAUUACAGUACAGAACAAUAUAAAGUAGAACACAGUAAAAAAGAUUCAAACAAGUACAACCUGAAUAUUUUGUGGCUCUGUUUCUAUUGGACAAAAUAUUUUUAUGUUAUUAAGGUGGUGACGAUUAACUCCACUGAAUCGUCAAAAAAGAUUUCCAGUCAUGUUGGAUACAACAUGGACAAGAGAACACUGUUUGAAAAUGGACCUAACUUUGAACUGAACUGCGACAAGACUCUGUACAGAUCAUGCAUGUUUCUCAAACUACGGCUCAGGGCCAAAAAUGGGCCGAGUGUGACUUUGAAGAAGUGGAGUGAUCCGUUGCUCCUCCUGCAGCUCCAGCUGGUAAAGACAUGUUGCUGUAAAUGAUGAAGUGGGCCACUGUGUAAUAAAGAAGCCAUCAUCAUUAUACAAAGUUGGACCAUGAGAAAGUGCUUAACAUCAAGAGGAUCUGUGCGACUUCACUGACUUUGCAAAGCAGUAAAUUGUGAUUUGUUCUUAAUGUUAAAAUGUUAAACAUCACAACUUGUUCUAAGUCUAUUUAACUUUCUGCCUAUUUAUUUGUUAAUUAAUCUGGAGUGAAAAUCCUUGUUUCGCACAUUGUGAGUCAGGUUUUUGGGGAAACGCUUCAAGCUCUCCUUCAGGUUUCAAGACUUAUUUAACGAGUGUGUUUGUUGGUCUUUGUAUACUGUAAUCUUUUUUUCCUUUGCGUUUUCUUUUUACUAGAUUUCCAUAGAAUCUUGCCCAUCUCACAGACCUUAAAAAGUAAAGACUAAUUUGAAUGGAGGCUGCAGAAACUAAAAGUGUAUUUACGUCUCGGAGUAUCCGAUAUAUACGAUAAGCUGAUAUGGUGAUAGUUCUGUUGUUCACAGACUGUAUUAGAGAUGAACAUAUCGAAUGCUUCUGACGUUUAUUGGUUGACAUGAGAGGAUGGAGUUGGACGAAGAGAAAGCCAGACAGCCUGAGUGAAUUAAAACUUAAAACUUUAUUUUGUAUGCUUUACUGGAAAAAGAUGCAUUUAUAUGCUUGGUUAAGUCCAAUAAUUACAGCCUCUCGUAUUUUCGUAUAUAUUUAGUUUCAUCCCACAAUGAUGAUGCUGAGCACGCAAUCGUGCCUAUAUUAAAUCUAUAUGACCUCAGUUCCUUUGCUCAUCUGGCUUCACGCGUGUGUAUGUAGCCUUGUUUUACUAUGUUUGUGGGGUUUGGAAGAAAGAAACCCACUAUACUUGGGGUCCAAAAGCUUUGUGGGGACCAACUUGCUGGACGCUUCAUGCCUGUUUGAGGGUUGACUUUUUAGUGUGAGGGAUAAGGACUAAAAUUAGGUUGAAAUUAGGAUUAAACGUUCAGUUGGGAUGGUUAAGGUUAGGGUAAGGAGGGGAUGUUGUUAGGGAAUGUGCAGAGUGUGUGUGUGCGUGCAACAUGCGUCUAUAUGUCUUUGUGUAUGUUUGAAAUUUGUGGGAUCGGAGUGAGAGGGUCUGAAGCCCAGCCGUUCAGAGCUCUGGAGCAAUGGAUCUGAGACACUUGAUGCAGAAAGCAAAAUAAACCAAAAUGACUCCGAGCAGUGAGAGUCUGCAGAGCAUUAACAUGGGCUUGGCUUCUUGGCGUCUUGGCUUUGCCCACAUGAAAGAGCUAACCAGUGCUGAGCUGGUUCUGUAUGAGAGUGUUUCAGGAAAGAGAAAAAAAAUAGGGUUUAUGGGGAAGAAUGUGAGUCUGAGGUGCUGUUGGAAGUGUGAAAUAUGUCAGAUAUAGCCUCGUCUCAAAAAUGAAAGGGUGCAUGUGGGCGAACGUGAAGCGAGCAGCGUGAUCCAAAUGAAUUCAAGAUUUGGCGUGUUCCCGUGCUGCUGUCAAGUACAUCAUUUAGAGCAAAUACAAGUAAACACAUCUUUCGUGGUGUUAACAGCAGAUACUGAGUGUUUUGCACUUCAGACAGGCGUGCUGCCUUUAGUGUCCCUGGGAUACACUGUUAAUGUUGACAGCUAAAUGAGCAUCCACUGAUGAACUGAGUUGUAAAAUUUGUUAAAUUCAUAAAAAAAUUAUUUAAAAAAUAUUUGUUGUUAUAUCUUGUUGAAACACACUUUCUGUCCAUAUAUACCACAUAAAUAGCUAAGGUGUAGUGGUAAAUAAAAAAAUCUUUACAGUUUACAGUUCAACAUUUAAGGAAAUACAUUUAAUCGCUCUCCUGCUGAGUUUAAGGGUGUUUUUCAAACCUCAAAGUCCAGACCAAGGUCUUACAUUUGAUCCGGUUAGUUGUGGCUUCACAUUGUAAUUAAGGGAGUGGACAUAACUUUAUUAUAAAGCCAUUUUCAGACUUGUCCUGCGGAGGAUCUCCGGAGAAUUCGGUCCGGACUUUUUCCGCAGUUUUUCUUUCACACAUGCACAACACAGUGGGUGAUUCUCUGCACAGACGUGUUCACAACGGCAACAAAUUCUCCACAGGAUUCACCUAUGACGUUCUGAAGCUACUGUAUUGUCAUGACGAUAUUAUUACCAGCGCCACAAACUUCAAGUGCAGUGACACUAGUUCAAAUGAACGUCCUCGUCAUUCAAACGUUAUAUCCUCAGAGGUGAAGACUAAGCAAUACAGUGAGCCUGCGUAACUGUGAUUUAACUUCCUCUAUUAUUUAACUCUGUCUCAACCUCCUGCAAUUGGUUCAAAACUUCGAACUGUCCAAACAUUGUUUUGUCACUGCAAAAGAUCCAAACCACAGUUCAGUUCGAUGCAGAACGAGAACACCUCUCUAAGUCUGACUAAAGUUUGGUCCGUUGAUCUGGAUUUCAAGGCACCUUUCACACCUAUUAUUUUGGUUCACACUAAACUGAAAAGUCUGAGGGGCUAAACUUACAAGUAGGUGUAGGCGGAAGGCGCCCUCAGAUGAGUAGAUAUAGACACUCACACCACCAAUGAUAGGUGAUAGGUAUGAUGUUGAUUUGUCCUCAGGCAACUUGUGUUGUGUAGGCUGUGCAAAGAUUUCGACAAUCGCUGCUUACCACAACACACGCUCUCAGGCCAACAAGCCAAAUGUGAUGCGUUAGCUCGCAAACCUCCAUGUGGCCUGUGAGAAGACGCCAACGUUGAUUUGAUUUGGAGCACGCUGCCUGUUCAAGAUUUAGUUUUUCUGUCGCAUAAAAAUGAACCAGAUGUAACAACAAUCUCAAAAAUGAUAUAAAUAAUCAGGUUUGUUGAAAUUCCAGCUUGUGAAUAUUGUUUAUAUAGGAUUGUUUAAAGUGUAUAUAUAUGUGUGUGUGUGUGUGUCGAUUCAAACACCACAUGUACAGGAGGCUGAACUCACAACAUUUUAACGGUGGACCAUUUAAGUUUAGUGAUUCACUUAAAGACGUGGUGCAGAGCUGCUCCUCAUUCAUUACGAUGGCCUCAUGUGUUUCAUUUUGUUAUGCUGUAUUUACAUCUCAGCGCCAAUAUUAGUCUGUGAUUUUCCACAAUGUCUUCUCUGCAGACAGAAUGAAACUGUCAUCAAAUGAUUUCCUCUCUUGUGUGCAGACUUUGUUUUCCUCUCAGUAAAUAUGUAUUGGUCUGCUCUCAAAAUGUAA